AUGGCGCCCCGUAAGCUGACAUCGUUGAAAGCUUUGGUCGUGAAGCUGGGUGAAAUUCAAGCUGACAUGGACGAUAUUUGGAAGUUCGUUCAACGUUACGAUGAGGCCACCACCGCGACUGAUGUCAACAUGCGCUUAGAGAGGAUUGGCGAACUUUGGGAGAAGUACGGCGAGACGUUGGUGGAGAUCAAAUGCCAUGACGACUACGACGAGGAUGAUGAGACCUUCAACAAGGAUCGUCUUAUCUACAGCGAUCGAUUCUACCGCUCGAAGUCAUCCCUCACGGACAAAGGGAAGGAGCUACAGGGUCUACCGGAGCAGGAUCAGUCAACGCGUGCUAACGACUCGAUGGUGCAUGGUGUCCUCGACCAUGUGCGACUGCCGCAGAUCAAGCUGCAGUCAUUCAACGGCGACAUCGACGAGUGGAUUAGUUUCCGUGACUUAUUCACUUCCUUGAUCCACUGGCGGACUGAUCUACCGGAGGUGGAAAAAUUUCAUUAUUUGAAGGGGUGUCUUCAGGGGGAACCAAAGGCUCUAAUCGAUCCAUUAAAGAUAACGCAGGCUAAUUAUAAGAUCGCGUGGGAUGCGCUUACUAAGCGCUAUAACAAUAGUAAGCAGCUUAAGAAAAGGCAGGUUCAGUCGCUCUUUACUCUUCCUUCGCUUUCAAAGGAGUCGGUUUCGGAGUUGCACGUUCUAGUGGAGGGGUUCGAAAGAAUUGUGCACACUCUAGACCAGGUUGUCGAACCAGCGGAGUAUAAGGAUCUCCUGCUAGUCAAUCUUCUCACCAAUCGUUUGGACCCGGUGACCCGCCGAGGUUGGGAGGAGUUUUCCUCCACGAAGGAGCAGGAUACUUUGGAGGAUCUGACGGAGUUUCUGCAGCGAAGGAUACGUGUUCUCGAGUCGCUUCCAGCGAAGGCGGCUGAGUCUAGGGGUGCUCAAUCGUGGCAGCAACAACCUCAGAGGCAGAGGCAGUCCACAGCGAAGGCCAGUUACAGCACGAUGCAGUCAUCGUCAGGAGCACGAUGUGUGGCAUGUAAGGAGAGCCACUACCUCCAUCAAUGUGGCGUGUUCCAACGGAUGUCGGUGGCUGACAGAGAUGCCCUGCUGAAAACCCACUUCCUCUGCAGGAAUUGUUUCCGAGUGGGUCAUUUGUCCAAGGAGUGCCAGUCCAAGUUCAAUUGCAAGAAUUGUAAGGGUCGUCACCACACUUUGGUGUGUUUCAGGUCGGAGAAGGAUAGUUCUGCAAAGGUCGCAGCGGUUGCUAGGGGCAACCAUCCUUCAAUCCCAAAGGAGUCCUCCGGAGUCAACGAAGCUUCUGGUUCGGGUUCCUCUCAGGUGGUCAAUAUGACGGCCACCGACAUUUCGGUUUCUGGUGCGGCUCAACAAUAUUCUUCGCAAGUUUUGCUGGCAACUGCGGUCGUCGUCGUGGAAGAUGACCAAGGUGGAAGGUUUCCUGCUCGCGCUCUUUUGGAUUCAGGCUCGGAGAGCAACUUCAUCACGGAGCGACUGAGUCAACGGAUGAAGACCCAACGAGAAAAGGUGGAUAUAUCGGUGCGAGGAAUCGGUCAAGCAGGAACCAAGGUCAAACACAAAAUACAAGCGGUGGUGCGAUCGCGAGUUUCUCCUUUCUCGCAAGCAAUGCACUUCCUCGUUCUUCCCAACGUAACGGUGAAUCUGCCAACUGCUACAAUGCGCACGGAUGGUUGGUCGAUCCCCCCAGGAACCAAACAGGCAGAUCCUGCUUUCUUCGAGUCCAGCAGAGUGGACUUGGUACUCGGUAUUGAAUCAUUUUUCGAUUUCUUCGAAACCGGUCAAAGAAUCAAUCUAGGCGACCAAUUGCCGACGCUGAACGAAUCGGUUUUCGGGUGGGUAGUGUGUGGAGGUUUAUCCAAUUCUAAUCAGGAUCUGCACAUUACCUGCAACGCUUCCACAACAGAGAAACUGGAAUCUCUCGUUGCCCGGUUCUGGUCUAGCGAAGAGGUUGGUUCGGUCAAGGUACUCUCACAGGAGGAAAAGCGAUGUGAGGAGCUAUUCCAAAAUACAGUCCAAAGGAAUCCCGAUGGCAGGUAUACGGUUACACUCCCGAAGGAGGAAGGCGCUAUUCAACGGUUGGGCGAAUCCAAGGACAUUGCGAUUCGGCGUCUUCAAGGUACGGAGCGACGGCUGGCAAGGAAUGCCACUCUUCACAAAAGCUACCACGAUUUCAUGGAGGAAUACGAGUCGAUGGGACACAUGGAAAAGGUCGAAGAGGCGACCUUAACAACCAAACGGCGGUGUUUCUUACCGCAUCAUCCCGUUUUCAAAGAGGACAGCACUACUACCAAGGUCAGGGUUGUGUUCGAUGCGUCUUGCGUGACAUCGUCCGGUGUAUCGCUCAACGACGUAUUGCUGGCUGGUCCGGUAAUACAGGAUGAUCUCAGAUCAAUAAUCAUGCGAAGCCGUACCAAGCAAAUAAUGCUCGUUUCUGACGUCGAGAAGAUGUUCAGGCAGAUUUGGGUACACCCGGAGGAUAGGCCUCUACAGUGUAUCCUGUGGCGCUCAGAUCCUCAAGACGACAUCAGCGUAUAUGAGCUCAAGACCGUUACGUACGGUACCAAACCGGCGCCGUACUUGGCCACAAGGACCCUCAAACAGCUAGCGAUGGAUGAAGGAAUGGCAUACCCCAUCGGGUCACGCGCGGUGAGGGAAGACACCUACAUGGAUGAUAUUAUCACGGGAGCGGACACGGUGGAAGAAACCUGUGAGUUGCGAAAACAGCUAAGCGAAAUGUCGGAGGGAGGCGGUUUCAGUCUCAGGAAGUGGGCAUCGAACAGUCCCAAGGUCUUGGAGGGACUUCCUGAAGAUAGUUUAGCGAUUCGAACGGGGGAUGGAAUCAACUUGGACCCGGAUCCGUCCAUCAAAACUCUCGGGCUUAUCUGGAUGCCGAAGAGUGAUCAGCUGAAAUUCAGCUUCAACAUUCCUUCAGUGCGACCAAAUCAGCAGUACAGUAAAAGAGAGGUACUCUCAGUUAUAGCUACGCUAUUUGACCCCUUAGGAUUGCUCGGAGCUGCAAUCACAACUGCUAAAAUUGUGAUGCAGUUGCUGUGGAAAUAUAGGGACAAAGACGAUCGUGCGCUGGACUGGGACCAGCCCAUACCUUCGAAGGUGGGUGAGAUGUGGAGGAAAUUAAUUGGCCAGCUUCCUCUGUUGAACGAAGUCAGGAUUGAUCGCUAUGUCAUCGUUCCCUCGGCAGUUUCCACGGAACUUCAUUGCUUCUCGGAUGCCUCCGAGAAGGCAUAUGGGUGCUGCAUUUACCUAAGAAGUGUGGAUACUGCAGGAAAGAUAAAGGUGUGCCUUCUGUCAUCGAAAUCACGGGUGGCGCCCUUGAAAUGCCAAACUAUCCCACGUUUGGAGCUGUGCGGCGCUGUUUUGUCGGCGGAACUCUUUAUAACGGUUCUGGAUUCAUUAAAAUAUCCACGCAGAUGUAUUGUGGACGGACUCUACCUGUGUCUUGCGUUGGAUCAAGGCCUUACCGACAACCUGGACCACGUACGUGGCUAA